UGUAUAAAAAGAAGAAAACAGCAGGAGAAGGAAUCAGAGAGACAAAGGCCCAAGGGAAUUGAAAAAGAGAAGAAAAAAGGGAAAGGAAUCAUCAAAGGAGCAUAAUUGUUAGUGAUGAAAAUGGUGCAAGAUCAAGAACAAAUCAGAAAGGGGCCAUGGACUGAGCAAGAGGACUUCCAGCUGGUCUGCUUUGUGGGCCUGUUUGGAGACAGGCGAUGGGAUUUCAUAGCCAAAGUUUCAGGUUUGAAAAGAACUGGUAAGAGUUGCAGGUUGAGAUGGGUUAAUUACUUGCAUCCUGGCCUCAAAAGAGGAAAGAUGACUCCUCAAGAAGAGCGCCUUGUGCUUGAGCUUCACACCAAAUGGGGAAAUAGGUGGUCACGAAUUGCUAGAAAAUUACCUGGGAGGACAGACAAUGAGAUCAAGAACUACUGGAGGACUCAUAUGAGGAAGAAGGCGCAAGAGAAAAAGAGGGCAGUGUCUCCCUCAUCAUCUUCUUCCAAUUGUUCCUCCUCAUCAAACAUCACCACAGCUGAAGGAGGGGCAAGCUUCUACGACACCGGUGGGAAGGAAACCAAAGCAUUAUCAGGAGGAAAGAAAACUGGAGGAGGAGACGACGCGAAAGAAAACGAGAAAAGGGAGCAAGGGGAGUACUCACUAGACGAUAUAUGGAAGGACAUCAAUCUGCCAGAAGUGAACAUUAUUGAACCAGUUUAUGAUGGCAACCUUUCUUCUUGUCCUCUAAUGGCUUCUCCAACGCCGUGGGAAUACUGUUCCGACUUGCUUUGGAAAAUGGAUGAAGAAGAAGAGAGUAAGAAUAUGUUUCUUCCUACACCAAGUGGUGAUCACCAAUUUCUGUCAUGCUAUGAAUAUGGAAAAGCAUCUCUAACUGGCUGAUGAUGAUUAGGAUUUGAUUUAUUAAGAUUUGUUCAUAUGUGAAAUAGUGUUUAAAUUAAGGAAAGCUUCUAAUCUGUAUAAUAACAUGGGUCUGAUCGGCUGCACCAGCCAACCAUCAGAUGCAGAUCACUUUGUUUUAUGCAUUACUAGUACUAGAGGUGGCAAAUCAACUUAUCGGAUUGUUAAUAGAUAUCAGUUAAGACAUUUUUGAUUUGAUUUUACCAUAAUAUAGAGGUGAGAUUCAUGAUGGUGAUGAUGGUUUACGGUAAAAUCAAACUAAAUAGGUCUUAAUGGGUAUCCAUUAACAACCAAUGGGUUAAUUUACCACCUCUGUAGUUCCUGUUCUCUCUUUGUCUUGUGUGUUUUUCAAUUUUCAGUGAGAUUAAGGAAACAGAGAACUUCAAAGCUUCCUAUCAUGUUGGUGUGGCAUGUCCAUGGAAGUAUAUUGUAUAUAUGCUUUUGAGGUUUAAUUUUGAAUGAAGUUGGUGUAGUCUACCAUAUAAAUUUUC